AUGGGUACAAGUCUUAGUACUCGUAAUUUAAUUCAAUAUACACAAUCAUUAUUUACAUUUAUUUGUGGUAGUAUAUGUUUAUUUUUACUUUCAAUUCUAACCUAUGUAACACUACGAAAACAUUUAAUACCAAUAUCACAUCUUAUUAUUCCAAUAUCUCUUGGUUUUCCGCCACUGCUGAAUUCGAAACCAGAUUUUAAUUUUCUAAAACCACCAACAAAUAUUCCAUCGUAUCUUGUUAGCUACGUCAAUCUAAGUGAUACAAUGUAUGAUCGAUAUCCACUUGAUAUAUCAUCGCAUAUAUAUCGUAUUGAACUUAGUUGUGAUUCACCACGUUCAUAUAGAAAUCGACAACUUGGAUCAUUCUAUGUGCAAUUAAUAUUAUAUUCAACUUCGAACGAAAUUAUUAUUGAACAUUCUCGUGUAAUUUUAUUUCCAUAUCAAUCAGAUAUAAUUCGUUUAGUACGAACAAUUAUUUUUUUACCAUUAUCAAUAUUUCGUAUCGGUUAUGAUCGAUGGCAUUUAAAAGAAAUAUUAAUUGAUCGUUUAACUAACCAUGAAAAAUCAAAACGUUUUGUUGAAAUCAUUCAAUUAAAUAUUGUUCCGUCAUCAUUUCAAAUCGAUCGUUGUUCAAUUCAUUUUAACAUACGAGAUUUAACUGGUCUUGCCUAUUUCUUUAUAAUAAAUGUGAAUAUGUAUGAACAUAAAUGUAAAGGUUGUUUAAUUGAUUCGACACACGGCAAAUUACAAAAGAAAAAAGAUGCUUUACUUGAAUUUAUAUUUGCUGAUAAUUCAUUAUGUUUAACAGUUAGUGCACAAAACGUGAAUAUAAUUACGUAUACAUUAAGUAAAGAUACGAUGUGCUCAGCUGUUUCGAAUGUAUUAAAUAGUGAAUUACUUUUUAUUAAUUUAAUUGGAAAAAAACAACUAAAAAUAUCUGCAAUAGGCAGAAAUAAAGUACUUGAAUUAAAGGCUAUUCUUGAUUGUUUAAUAAAUAAAGAUUUAGAUGCAUAUCAAAGGCAUGUAGAAAAUUUUUGUGCAAAUUCCAUCAGUUCAAAUAACACAUCAAAAAAUGAAGCCUCGAGAAUUAAUCUUAGUAGAAGCUCAACUCAUAACAAUUCAAGUUUACUAUCAGAUACAGCAAGUAGAAAACAGCCAAAAAUGGAUAAAAUGAAACAUACGAAUAAAUGCUUGGAAAAUGAUGAAAACUUUCAACCGAUGACGUCAAAUACAUCGAAAACAAUUGAAAAGAAAAGAAAUGCACUUUACAGUGCUUCGAAUUUUUAUGCUCAUCCACAACAUCACGAUGAUGAAAAUGAUCCUCAUUCUAUUGAUGACGAAAAUAUUGACCAUAGUACACAAAUUCAAUCCCAAUCACGAAAACGAUCCACUGAAACAAUACCGUCGAUGCGUUUUCAACAUGCAACAAAUACGACGUCGCCGUAUUUCUUUCAGAGAGCAGACAAUAAACUAAAACGACAUAUAUCAAAUGGUGAAUCACGAAUGAGUCUUCUAUCAAAUAUUCAUUCGAAGCCGCUGCAUAGUAAUGCACGUCUUUGGAAUGAUGACGACGAUAAGAAUGACUUAUUAUGGGAAGGUCAUGAUUCGGCAUAUUCAACAAAAUAUCUUGAUAAUUCAACAUUAAUUGAUUUAUCACUAUCAAAAUCAGCAACAUCAUCUAUAAAUUUACGGAAAAAAGGUUUAAAAAAUAUUGGUGCUACUUGUUAUAUGAAUUCUAUACUGCAAUGUUUAUUAAAUAUUGAUCCAUUUCGUUAUGAUUUAAUGGUUACAAAUUCUGAAUUAAUAACAUCAUCAUUACUUGACGAAAAUACAAUUUAUCUUUGUGUUUUGAAAAUACUUGCUCUUUUGCAAGAUCGUCAAUCAACACAAUCGCAACAUAGUACAACAACUCAGAUAACCGAUGAUGAACGAACGGUUGAAUCUCAAGCAUUAAUUAAUUUAAAGAAAGCCGUUGAAAAACAUUCAGGCAAUUUUCUUGGCUCACGUCAACAAGUAAGUUAG